UACCAUUGCAAUUUUUUUGGUCAUAUAUCAUCCUGGCUGAUACGCAAAAUGUCGCUCCGAACCAAGGCUUUGAGCGCUACGCCUCCAGUCAUCAUAGUGGGAGCCAGUCUAGUCGGUCUUUCAGCAGCCCUAUCCCUAGCCACCAGAGGCAUUCCCACCAUCACCCUCGAACGCCAUGAGCAAAUUUGUCCCCAUCCACGUGCCCUUGGAUUUACAUCCCGAACAAUGGAAAUCUAUCAAUCCCUCGGAAUUGCUCAUCAAAUCCCUCAAGCUCCCGCAGACUUCAAACUCCUCCGUGCCCAUGUCCAUACCGUUUUCGGGAAGUGGCACGAGCAAACCACAUGGAACGACCCGGCCAAAUCCGACAAGGACAACAGCAGUGCCUCUGAAGAAAACACGGCACCGAUCGCUUCAAGACACCCAAAAAGAGAAUACAGCCCCUUUCCCGGUGCUGCAAUCCCGCAAGACACUCUCGAGCGCAUCCUUGAAUCCACGGCCAUUGCACGGGGAGCCGACAUUCGUCGCGGCUAUACCGCCCUUUCCGCUACAGAGACGCCUUCUGGAGUCGAAGUGACCAUCAGGGCGAACUCCAACGAGGAAGGCCAAGCGACGGCCACUAUCCGAGGAAGCUACCUCAUCGCCGCCGAUGGCAGUAGGAGUCUGAUUCGAUCCAUCCACAACAUCCCUCGACACGGUCGCGGUCUGAUUCAGACCAUGCGAAGCGUACUUUUCCGCUCUCAGACUUUGUCGGAUCUCCUCGCGACUUGUGAAGCCAAACAAUUCCAAAUCGAACAAGACUCCCUCAAGGCAUUUUUGACGACUUAUACGGACGGACGAUGGGUGUUGAUGUUCUACGACGACGUUGACCGGUCAGAAAUCGAGCUGUUGAAUGCGAUUACCCAGGUCCUUGGAAGGACUGAUAUCCCAGUGGAGAUCAUCGCGACCGGACGCUGGGAUUUAGCCGGGCUGGUGGCCGACAGGUUCCGUGCCGGGAAAAGAAUGUUUCUUGCGGGGGAUGCGGCGCAUACCCUCCCACCGAAUCGUGGUGGGUACGGGGCUAAUACCGGGAUCGGGGAUGUGGACAAUCUGGCAUGGAAGCUUGAUAUGGUACUUAGGGGACAGGCUGGGGAGAGGUUGUUGGAUACUUAUGAGAGCGAAAGAAUGCCGGUCGCGUGGUUGAGGCAUGAUCAAAUAUUCUGCCGAAAAGACUACAAGGUUCAAGUCGCGGCUGAUCAGACACAAUCAGGACUAAACCUGGCUGGCAAAGCUGGGAAGGAGGUCUUGAAUGAUCAGGCUAUGGAGUUCGGGCAGGUUUAUGUAUCGAAGGGCAUUAUCGGGGGCUUGCAGGGAGAAGGAGAGGAAGCUAUUAUGGCUAAGCGGCCGGAAGAAUGGGCUGGUCUGCCUGGCACUCGAGUGCCGCAUAUUUGGUUGGAGACCGAGGCCGGUGAGAAGAUUGCUAUCGGGGAAGUUGUGGAUGGAAAGGGAUGGUCGAUCCUGGCUGCACAAGAGACCUGGGAGGAAGCCGUUGCGGAAUACAACCAAAAGUCGCAGAUCCAGUUGCAGCAUGUCACUAUUCGGGAUCUUGAUUUCUUCCGGACUGCUUUUAGUGUUGAGGAGUCUGGAGCAGUGCUGGUUCGUCCGGAUGGUUUCAUCGCUUGGAGAACGACAGAAAGACCUGAGCAAGCCACGCAGGCCUUGGAACAGAUCUUGGCUCAGGUUAACUUCACGCGAUAAUCCUCUCCCCACACGAGAAUGAGAUAUAAUUAGGCUUUCUCAGCUAGCAUCCACUCCUAGCGUGCCCUAUCUUCUCUUUUAGCAUGUUCUCUACCUGGCGUUCAUGGCUAAUGGGCCAAAUGUUGACACUAACUUAGAACUAACUAGUAUAUAUUAUCUAAAUUCCUGUGCACGUGAGCCGUGCCAUUCUCCACAAAUUCUG